CAAUGUACUCUAAUACUAUAUGCUCUUUUGCUUGUCAUUAUGAUUGUACAUCCAACCUGAAGUUCCUUCAACAUGCCUUCCAUACUACCUCAAAACCAUGCCAUUAGAUCCUCACAACAAUCAGAUGAAAUUGGGACGAUACAGAGAAGAUCCUCAUAUCGAGAUAAAAGCAUCUCCGACCAACCAGAACUAGCAAAUUACGAACCACCCACUCCCAUCACAAAAACUGGGACUAGUACAAGAAGUCAUGUACUCAAUGACCCGAGUUUACAGUCCACAUGGGCUCAUCGAGCAUGGAUGGUAAUUGGGUGCACCACCGUGCUAAUUUCUUUAGCACGGUCUGCAACAGGGGCCAUCGACUCACAUACGUGGGUUAGUCCCCUUAUAGCAGGCGGCAUCGGCUAUGUCCUAUCGGACCUAGCUUCAGGAAUCUACCAUUGGGCAAUUGACAAUUACGGCAGUGCCAAAACCCCUGUAUUCGGAAGCCAAAUUGAUGGAUUUCAAGGUCAUCAUAAAUGGCCAUGGAUAAUCACCAGGCUUCAAGUGGCUAACAAUCUGCACGAGCUCACACGUGGAGUGACUUUCACUGUCCUCCCGAUCAACCUUCUUUGUAAUAACCACACAAUUCUGGCCUUCGUGGGAGUUUUUUCAGGUUGCGUUAUGUUUAGCCAGCAGUUUCAUUCAUGGGCUCAUGGCACAAAAAGUAAGUUACCUUUAAUCGUGUUAGCACUACAAGAUGCUGGAAUACUUCUUUCGAGGUCACAACACGCCGCACAUCAUCGCCCCCCUUACAACAAAAAUUACUGCAUUGUGAGUGGAUUAUGGAACCAGUAUUUGGAUAGAUAUAAGGUUUUUGAGUUGCUGGAGAUGAUUUUCUUCUUUAAAUUGGGAGUUCGACCAAGGUCAUGGAGUGAACCUGAUUCAGAAUGGACUGAAGAAACUGAGAAUCUUGAAUCUCUGUCUGCUUCAUAGUGAAUUCAAUUAAUCCCUAUUGCUGCUUGCUACUAUAUAUACAGGAUCACAUGUUCUUAAGGGUCGUUACGUAGGGUGCAUAAGAAUAGUAUUGAAUAAAGUGUAUUAUAAAUGCUGA